CGGGAGUAGUUCUAAUUCUAAUAAACUUUACGACGCUAAGCUAAUUUUAAAAGGUUCUGCUAUAGGACAGGACUUCGGGACAUAAAAUUAUAUUUGUGAUAAAAAUACCAAAAUAAUUUUUUGGCUAAGUGUCAAUCGGGAUCAUAAUUGAAUUAUUUAAAAAUAUUUUUAGAAAUAAAUAAAACAGCAGAAAACCAUUGCAAAAACAUAAAAACUAAAUAAUUUAAAUAAAGCUUAUCAAAAAAGCAAAGCCUAAAAUGGAUAAAAAAGACUGUGUGAUAUAUUGAAGAAAUUCAAUCCAAAGGACAUAAGUUUGCUUGUAGUAUUAUGUAGUAAAAUCAAACUCAUUAACUAAAAUAGGGAGUUCUUAUAAUGCCCUUAUGACCGAAGUUUUAAUUGUUGGUGUAUUUAUUGGUGAAAACUUCGGGCAACAGUGACUAAUGAAAUUAAAAAGAUCAAAACAAGGAAAUACUAUUAUUAGGCUAAAAUUAGUGCUGAAACCUUUUCCGCAUCGAUUAUCUGCAACUUAAAACAAUUUUCUACAUGCACUAAUAACAGAAACAGAUCUCGCCUAAAGCACUUGAUUGGCCAAUUUCGCUUGCUUAAAUUAAUUCUGUCAAUUUCAUACUGCUUGUUGCCAAUUGCUGUGAUCGAAGCAAAGUUAUAGGAGGGCAACAUGCUUAGAAGCUAUAAUGUGAAGUACUUGUGUGGCACUUUGAUCAGUCUAUAUUUUUAUUGUGAUAUUGCUUCAUGCGACUUGAUUAAGGUGGACAAAAACAUUUUGGAGGAUGCCAAUCUAAUCACGCCGGAUCUAAUCAAGAAGUAUGGCUAUCCGGCGGAAACCCACAAGAUUCAAGCCAAGGAUGGCUUUGUCCUUACGGCUCAUCGUAUUCCAAGGCCCGGUGGUCAGCCAGUGUUGAUGGUGCACGGUCUGCUGGACAGUUCCGUGACAUAUGUGAUCUUGGGACCGGAAAAGUCCCUGGGCUACUUGCUCAGCGAUCUGGGAUACGAUGUUUGGCUGCUGAAUACCCGAGGUAAUCGGUAUUCGCGCAAGCAUAAGCGCUUCCACCGAUACCAACCGCAGUUCUGGGACUUCUCCUUCCACGAACUGGGGAUGUACGAUCUCCCGGCUGCUAUUGAUUAUGUCCUGGCGAGGAGCAAGGGCUUCGAACAGGUCCACUACGUCGGCCAUUCGCAGGGCACCACCUCCUUUUUUGUGAUGGGCAGUGAGCGACCCGCUUACAUGAAGAAAAUAAAGUUGAUGCAGGCCCUCGCUCCGGUGGCCUAUUGGGACUAUAUCGAUUCACCUAUUCUCCUGACUUUCGUGAAGUACAUGCGACCCUUAACUUUUCUUGCCAGAUCAUUGGGGCUUUACGAAUUUCCGGCGGAGAACGAAGUGUGGCGGCGACUCAUCCACCAAAUCUGCAGCUUCGCUUUCCAGAACACCUGCACCUAUUUCGUCCAGGAACUAAUGGGUGUGGAUAACCAACAGUUUAAUAGAAGCCUUGUGCCGCUUAUCUCGGGACACGCAUCCUCGGGUUCGUCACUCAAGUCGGUGGAGCACUAUGGCCAACAGAUCCACAGCGGGGGAUUCUUCAAGUACGAUUACUACAACGCCUGGGAGAAUCGAAGAAGAUACGGUGCCGACACUCCUCCACAGUACAAAGUGGCCAACGUUGACUGCAAAGUGGCACUGUACUACAGUAAAAACGAUCGCCUAACCUCCGACAAAGAUGUAGAACGUUUAAGGGACAAUCUGCCAAAUGUGGUGCACGAUUAUCUGAUUCCAAAUCCCAGGUUUAAUCACAUCGACUUUAUAUGGGGAAACGAUGUGAAAACCAUGCUCUACGGUCGAAUGGUGGAAAUCAUGCGGCAAGUGGAUAGUGGCGAAUUGUAGGUUAACUACCAAAAAACAUUAUAGUGUGCCAAAAAGGAAACCAAAUUAUUUUUUAAAAUGCAUGAAACAGACACUUUUGUUUGUGAGGAAUAUAUACUUAUAAUUUUAAUUAAAUUUACACAAAGGAUGCUUAUUCAAUGUUCAGUUAAAGUUAUCCUAUCAGUGUAUUUUAUACUCACCUUCUCAGUUAACUUCUGAAUGUGAAUGUACUUUAUUAAAAUCUUGUAAAAAAUCUAAACUAAAUUAAGGAUUAGGUUUAUUGAAAAUUUUCUUUUUCGUAGAUUUACAAAAAAAACAAUGUUGGCUAACUCAAUUUAAUGUAGCUAAACAAAAAUCGAAAUGUAGGCAAUUAUUAUAAACACAACAUACCAAAUGCAAUGUAAAUAAUGUUUAAUAUACCUAUGCAUACAGGUUAAAUUACUAUUAAUGUAUUUCUAUUUUUAGUAUAGAAAAAAAUUUAAUUUUAAUUGCUUACAUGGUUGUCUGUUAAACUUCUAUUCCACAAUGUAAAUUAAUUUUAAUAACAUCUCACCAAAGAUAUACCCUUUUCAUGAUU